CGGAGGGGAAAAAUACUCGGAAAAGUCGAGCACACACAUUGCUACGUUUUCGCGGUGGUUCGACUAAAUGCUGCAGCAGCAGCAGCAGCAGCAGCAGUGGCAGUAAAUUCGUAUCGUUCGUGCGUUCGUUACGCGCCGUGCAAACGCAGCAGCACUCCAAAAACAAGCUGUUUGUGACCCAAGCCCAAAGGGGGGAGGGGGGUGGGGAAAUCGGUCGGUGGAAAAGCGUUGCUGAAGCAGCAGGCUCCGUUUUGCGGGCGUCCGAUGGUGGUGGUGGUCGCGUUGCCGUAGCGAAGACGUAGCGGACCCAACGUGGGCAGGUUCGAGAUUUUGCGCUGCGCUCGGUGUGUGUGUGUGUGCGGUGACCUGCGUGUGCGCUACGGGGGGAAAAACCACGCGAAGCAGCGCGGGGAGCACUACAGUAACAAUUCACCCACUGUGCUCGAAAUUAUAGGAAAAAGUGUUUUAAAGGGGGCUCACUGCAAAAAAGGAACCAGCUGAAGGUCGGGAAAAUCAGCGUUUCCCUCCGCGUUAGACACAGUUUAGACGGAGUUUUGGCAUAUCGUGUUUGUGUGUGUGUGUUCGUGUGAGUGUGUGUUUGUGUGUCAGCCAUCAACACCCUCCUCCCCCUCCCCCUCUGGGGCAGCAGGAGCCGCCCGGAAGCCAUCCGCCAAUCAAGCCCCAAACGCCAACCAAACGCAAACAGAGCCACCAAUCAGCUCAAAACAGAAGGUGACCAGCUUUCGGCCGGCCAGCAACGUACGUGACCAGCCGGGGAGCCGCUGGUUACCUGCCCUUCGCCCUCGGCCGUACCGUACCCCGCGUGGGAAAGGGGAAAAGGAGGAGUGGUGACGGUACUCCCUGGUUUCUUCAAUCUCCCCCCUCUCUGUCUGCCCAGGCGCCCGGCGCCCCCAACGUAGCACACGUGCCGCAGCGAGGACGCAACCGGUCGACGCGCGCCGUCAGCUCCAGCCGCCCGACGAUGGACGCGACGGUCGAUGGGCGGGUGCCGCCGGACGAUCCGGCCCGGACGGCCACCAGCGCGCCGCCCAACUGUCCCCACAGACCGCAGGAGCAGCAUCACCCCCAGCCGCACCAACCGCAGUGGAAUUUGACGACGGACAACGCACACGCCAGCCUCCCCGGUGCCAUCCAGCGAAAGUCGCGCAGCAACGACCGCAGCAAAGAGCGGGCCGAACCCGGCGCCGCCCUCGAGCCGGCCGACCACUACGGGGACGAUGGCGGAGGGCCCCGGGGCAGGGGCUCCAGCGAUAAGCUUGUGGUGCACCUCAUCAUUGGCUUCCGUGAUAUCUGCGUGUUUACACUAGUGCUACCGCUCGGUACCUUGUUCGUAUGUUUCGUCUCCGCUUACGUCUUCCAGCCAGAGGAAAUUCACGAGACGCACUGUCGGGUGUACAACAUCAUACCGUCAAUCAGUGCCAUCACUGGCGUUAGUCCACAGCGGUACCUGUGGCGUGUGUCGAUCGCACUCCACAUCGGGCCGCGCUUCAUCAUUGCCUUCGUCUACCGGAACUGGUACCGUGCCAUGGUUGCCGGACUGAACGAUCCCGCCCGUGUGACGAAAGCCUGCAGGAUGAUAAACAUCGUCUACUGGCUGAAUUUGGUCGAGAUCAGUGCACUAUGCGGUGUCACCUACAUCUCCAACAAGGAAAACUAUCCACUGCACGAGAAGGUGUUCAUCAUCUUCAUGACAACCUCGCUGUCCUACAUGCUGGCGACGCUGAAGCUGCUCAAGAUCCUGCAGCCGGACGGGCCGCAAACACCGAAUGAGGAGUCGUCGCUGCGCUACAAGCAAGCCUUCUUUGCCCUCUCGAUCGCGAGCACGGUCGGGUUGAUACUGUUUUUCCUGAAGCAUCGCUUCCUGUGCCAGGAUCUCGCAUUCAGCUGGUUCGCACUGUGCGAGUACAUCGUCGCGUCCGCCAACAUGGGCUUUCACUGCACCACGAUGCUGGACUUCCCGACCGAGCACUUUCUGAUUGCCCAAAACGCGAAGCAGUACAAGAAGCAGCAAACGUCGCUCGGCUGGAAAGUGGACUGAGCGGGGGCACGGGCCCAAACCCAGCCGACCGCACCCGAUCGAGCGUAAAGUGGGCGCCGGUGUCGGCACGUGUACACAAAACCCUACUACUACUGCAACUACUAUUACCACUAUUACUACCACACACACAGACACCCACUUUCACAGUGAUUGUAGUGACUUUUACGUGUUUCGUUAGGUUUGUUUUCUGAUUCCUCUUCUUUCGUUUCAUUUUGUUGUUGUUUCGAUUGUUAUGGCGGCCGGUUUGCUGGGCGGGCCCGAACGUACUAACGGCGUCAGCCAUUUUGGACAUUUAAAUGUGUGUUUCCCUUGAUCCUCGCCCAUAAGCACGGGCACGGUCCGUCGUUGUGGGGCACGUUUGCAUAAUACGCUCACACAAGCGGCGAGCUGCGUGCGUAACGCCGUUACCGUAACGCUGUAGCUAUUGUAACGCAAUACAGCAGCAAUAGCUGAGCAGGUCGUUGAACGAGUGCGUUGUCGUGCGUGGGGUCCUCCUUUUAUCCACCUGACCUUUUAGUGCAAAUGCAAAGGCGCAAGGUGUCUCGAUCUAAUAAUAUAACAUAAAUUUAUAUAUUUGUAUACAUAUAACUAUAUAUAUAUAUAUAGACCACGCUCCUCCCACUACCACAAACCAUGCAUGCGUAUAUGUAUAUGUAUAUAAAAAUAUAUAUACUGUUGUUUUGUUUAUUAUUAUAACGAUAUAUCUUGUGACGAGAAAAUGAGUAAUAGACACACCCACACAUGCAGUCAAAAAGGUGAAUAAGUAACAAAAAAAACCACACACACGCAUGAUUAUAAUUUGGACACCUUCAUCCGGUCCCACAGCACGUGUUGAUACGAAAUGUAGAUGUAUAUACAUGUGCACAUAUACACAUGUAAGGUUGCAGGUUAAAUUAAACGGUUCUUACCACUUUAUAAAGAGAAGCAGGUAGACAAAAAUGCAUAAUUGGCCAGCUGAAGUGGAAAGGAUCGAGAUGACAAAGAAUUCAAUAAAGAAAGGGAGAGAGAGAGUGAGAGAAAGAGAGAGAUAGAGAGAAAGAAAGAGAGUGAAAGAUUUAACGAACCUCCUAUUUUCUUUUACGCCAUUCACCAGCUAGAAACUAGGGACGUCAACUAGACACCCUCUAUAUAGUGCCAUGUUUGCGAGGAACGUUAGUCGUUUACUCCAUUGUUCCGCGACAAAUCACAAAAAUUUUUACACAUAGACACACACACACACACACGCUCGUACAUAUACACACACUAGUAAAUAACAUGCAAAAAAAAGCAUAUGUUCCGACUCUCCAACUCUUCCGAACUCUCGAUACGUACAGCCGAGGUUGCAUAGCAGUGUAAGAAAACUCACGCCUACAUACUUUAACACAAGAACACACACCAACACAUAUCAAUUUAAUCGGCGCAAGAACUCGAAAGGAGGAGGCUCGAAAAACUGCAAAACAAACAAACAAAUAAAAAAAACAAAAACAAAAAGCCAUUUAUCGCUAGGCAUACCUAGCUAAAGCAAGCACGCAAACAAGCAAAGAAGAAGUGGAAGAAAGAAAAAAACAAAACUGAGAAUGAGAAGUGCAACAGAAUAGAACACGGAGGAAGAAAAAAAAAACAAUCGAAACAAAAAAUAAAGAAAUCUUCUGCAAGCAGGACACACUAAACUCUUAAUCGAUACGUAAAUGCAACGCACAAUUCGUAGGUAGCAGGCAGCUUCUCGAAAAACAGCCGAACGGUCGAUCAAAACCUAACGCCGCUCUAGAUGUUGUGCCCGCGGCUGCUUAAAGCUGUGCGCAAAACACAAAAACAUAACAAAAUCAUUAAAAAAAAA